AUGGCGUCCAAAAUCGAUUCCUCAGACUCUUCUUCGGAAGAGGUUAUUACCUCGAAACCAUUAUCGGCGUUCACCAAGCUAUCCAAAGUAGUUCGCCUCUACGAGCCCCCAACUCCCAGCACCGCCACAUCGAUUCCAGCAGAUUCCCCAACCACAAUCCUCCUCUGCUCAUGGAUGAACGCGUUCCCGAAACACAUCGAAUACUACACGAAAACCUACACGCGCCUCUACCCCAACGCGCGCAUCAUCCAAGUUACGAUCAACACGCAGCAAUUCCUCUUCCAAUCGGAAACGACGCGGCGGAGAGAAGUCCAAGAAGCCGUCACGGCGCUGCUGGCGCGACCGCAGGCUGAAGAAAGGCUGCUGGUGCAUGCCCUUAGUAAUGGCGGAGCUAGAAGAGUGUAUAAUAUUUCGGGCGCGUACCGCGAAGCUACGGGGAAGCCUCUCCCGCUGAAAGCGUUUAUUGUUGAUUCUGCGCCGGGAAUUCCCAAGUUUCGGAGGGAUAUACAUGCGCUUAGCCUUCCAGCGAAGAAAUUGAGGUGGUAUGUUAGGGUUCCGUAUCUGGCUGUUGUUGUGCUGGUCACCACCGCGGUCUAUAUUACUGUAAACUGGAUGCCUAAAUGGGUAUGGGCAGAAUUAGUCUGGCGUCCUAUGGAGGCUUUGACCAACGUCAAUGUUCUAGAAAAAGACUGCGUGCAAGGAUUUGUUUACAGCAAGGAAGAUCUCGCCAUCGACUACCGGGAUGUCGAGGCUUAUGCGGCAACGGCGGAAAAGAAAGGAUAUAGAGUUGUGAAGAAAAGGGUUGAGGGUGCUGAGCAUGUGCAGAUGUUUAGAGGCAAGGGAGGAGAAGAGGACUAUUGGGGGUUUAUAAAAGGCAUUUGGGGCAUGGCGGUUGAUGUUAAAAAGGCCUAG